AAGGUUGGCAGACAACAAUAAUUUGUUUUGACAAUUUUGUGGUAAUUUUUAGUUGUCUCUUUCAUCUUUUACUGUAUAAAAUAUUAUAGGAUGUAUUAGAUAUAGUGUAAAUUUUGACUUGUUCAAAAUUGUUACUUGGACUUGCAUAUACAGAGUUGGGCUUGAAAGUGGAAACUGAACAUGGGAGAAACUAGAGAAAGGUAUGCAGUUGUGACUGGAGCAAAUAAAGGAAUUGGAUUAGAGAUUUGUAGGCAAUUAGCUUUAGCUGGGAUCAAAGUGGUGCUUACAGCAAGAGAUAAGAAAAGGGGUCUUCAUGCACUGGAAACACUCAAAGAUUCAGGUCUAUCUCACCUUGUAGUUUUUCAUCAGCUCGAUGUGGCUGAUCCUACAAGUGUCGCUUCUUUGGCAGAUUUUGUCAAAUCUAAGUUUGGGAAACUUGAUUUGCUGGUUAACAAUGCGGGGAUUGGUGGCGUUGUAAUUAAAGACCUUGAUUUACUCAGUGUGGCCAUCAUGAAUCGUGGGGUAAUAUCAGAAGAUGAUGGGAGAAAGGCAAUGACUCAAACUUAUGAGCUAGCUGAAGAAUGCCUGCAAAUAAAUUAUUAUGGUGCUAAAAUAACUGUUGAAUCCCUUAUGCCCCUUCUCCAGUUGUCUGAUUCACCAAGAAUUGUUAAUGUAUCAUCCAAACUGGGGCAAUUAGAGAGUUUACCAAAUGGAUCAUGGGCUAAAGGAGUCUUCAGUGAUGCAGAAAAUCUUACAGAAGAGAAAGUGGAUGAAGUGUUGAAGGAGUUUCUCAAAGAUUUCAAAGAAGGGUCAUUGGAAAACAAAGGCUGGCCUAAGCAUUUAUGUGCGUACAUUGUCUCUAAAGCUGCUAUGAAUGCCUAUACUAGAAUUCUUGCUAAGAAUUACCCAACAUUCUGCAUCAAUAGUGUUUGUCCUGGCUAUGUCAAGACAGACAUAACCGGCAACACCGGCUUCUUAUCGGUCGAAGAAGGCGCCGUGGGUCCGGUGAGGCUAGCUCUACUUCCCAAUGGUAGUGCUUCUGGCCUCUUCUAUUACCGGAGUGACGUGUCUUCCUUUUGAUUAGUAAUGCAAUUUUAUGGUUUGAGGACACUGCAUUGCUUUUGCUUGUCAAUUGUUAUUCUACAUGGAAUUCUAUGUUUAUUGAGCCUAUUUUAAGCACAUUAUAUCAUGUUGUAUGUCACUACAUAACAUCUUUCAACUUCUAUUUAUUCCAUGGAUUUCUUGAGGAAUCAAAUUUUUAUGAUUACAAUCAACAAAGUUUGGUACAGUUAG